GAUGCGCACGGCCGGAGAGACGCGGAGGAGGAGACAUGAGCCGGCGGGCGCUCAGACGGAGCGGCCGUGACGCGUUCGUGCUGCAGCCGCGCGCCCCGGCCCCGGAGCGCUGACCCCUUGCCCCGCGCAGCCCCGCGUCUCGCCUGGAGAGCGCGCCCCAGCUUCCAGCCCCGCCGCGCAUGCUGCCCCUGGAUUAAGCCGGGCAGCCAGCCUCCCGCAGACGCCCGGCCGGCCGGCCGGCCGGCAGUGAGCAAGCUUUCUCGCACCGGCCGGUGCCUCCUGCACAGCGGCGGCCGCCCCGCAGACCCCGCUCCAGCCCGGAGGGCGCAGCGCUCGGGAGGAGCCGCGCGGGGCGCUGAUGCCGCAGGGCGCGCCGCGGAGCGCCCCGGAGCAGCAGAGUCUGCAGCAGCAGCAGCCGGCGAGGAGGGAGCAGCAGCAGCGGCGGCGGCGGCGGCGGCGGCGGCGGAGGCGCCCGGUCCCGGCCGCGCGAAGGGGACAUGUGCAGGCUGGGCUAGGAGCCGCCGCCUCCCCCCCCGCCCAGCGAUGUAUUCAGCGCCCUCCGCCUGCACUUGCCUGUGUUUACACUUCCUGCUGCUGUGCUUCCAGGUACAGGUGCUGGUGGCCGAGGAGAACGUGGACUUCCGCAUCCAUGUGGAGAACCAGACGCGGGCUCGGGACGAUGUGAGCCGUAAGCAGCUGCGGCUGUACCAGCUCUACAGCCGGACCAGCGGGAAGCACAUUCAGGUCCUGGGCCGUAGGAUCAGCGCCCGCGGCGAGGACGGGGACAAGUAUGCCCAGCUCCUAGUGGAGACAGAUACCUUCGGUAGUCAAGUCCGGAUCAAGGGCAAGGAGACGGAAUUCUACCUGUGUAUGAACCGGAAAGGCAAGCUUGUGGGGAAGCCCGAUGGCACCAGCAAAGAGUGUGUGUUCAUCGAGAAGGUCCUGGAGAACAACUACACAGCCCUGAUGUCGGCCAAGUACUCUGGCUGGUACGUGGGCUUCACCAAGAAGGGGCGACCACGGAAAGGCCCCAAGACCCGGGAGAACCAGCAGGACGUCCACUUCAUGAAGCGCUACCCCAAGGGACAGGCAGAGCUGCAGAAGCCCUUCAAGUACACCACAGUGACCAAGCGGUCCCGGCGGAUCCGCCCCACACACCCCGGCUAGGCUGGCCCCGCUGUGGCCCCGCCAGGCUUCCCCAGCCCACACUCACACUCACAGAGAACUGCAAUCAGAGGAAUAUUUUUACAUGAAAAAUAAGGAAGAAUUUCUAUUUUUGUAUAUUGUGUUUAAAAGAAGACAAAAAACUGAACCAAAAUUCUUGGGGGAGGGGAGCGAUAAGGAUUUUAUUGUUGACUUGAAACUCCCUAUGACAAAAGACUCACACCAAGGGACUGUUGUCAACACACAGGUGCUUGUGUCUCUCUAGGAACAGACAACUCUAAACUUGUCCCCAGAGGAGGACUUGAAUGAGGAAAACGACACUCUGAGAAACCAAAGUCCUUUUUCCCAAAGGUUCUGAAAGCAAAAAAAAAAAAAAAAAAAAAAAAAAAAAAGAAAGAAAGACAAAAAAAAAGCAAAAAAAACAAAAAAGAGAGAGAGAAAAACAAAGAGAAAGUAGUAUCCCCUCACCCCCAACAUACUCCCCCUCUUUCCCAAUCCCCUGUCCCUGCCCCAAACUCCAACAAAAAUCGCUCUCUGGUUUGCAGUCAUUUAUUUAUUGUCUGCUGCAAGCUGCCCCGAGACACCGCGCAGGGAAGGUGUGCCCCUCGGAAUUCUCGGCGCCUCGACUUCCGACGACAGACGGCCUCGUCCAAUCAUGGUGACCCUGCAUUACUCACAGUUCUGGAGGAUGCUGCUAUCAACCUUCCAUGACUCACGUGACCUAGUACACCAAUGAAUAAGGGAAUAUUUUAAAACCAGCUAUAUUAUAUAUAUUAUAUAUAUAUAAGCUAUUUAUUUCACCUCUCUGUAUAUUGCAGUUUCAUGAACCAAGUAUUACUGCCUCAACAAUUAAAAACAAUCGACAAAUUAUUUAAAAAAC